UACCUACGGUGCUGCAGAUUCUGUUACCCGCUGUGCGCGUUUGUCGUCCUGGCCGCGUGCGUGGUGGCCUGUGUUGGCUUGGUCUGGAUGCAGGUGGCUCUCAAGGAGGAUCUGGAUGCAAUAAAGGAGAAGUUCCGAACCAGUAAGUGUAAAUGUAGCUACGCUAUUGCACCUUUGCUUUGGGCGGUGUGAAGAGCUUCAGUUGCCUACCUGCUUGUUCAGAAUCUGAAGGCACUGAGUUAGACAAACUGGCCCUGGACUGAGGAGUCCUCCAAGCAAAAGAUACUUGGAGGCUGGGUGAAUCUAAGGCAAAUCUCACUGUUGACCUCAACAGUAAAUCAUCUCAAGACUAACAUAAAGUCUUCUGCUGACCUAAUUGGUCUUCCAGUCACAGUAGAGAAACUUCAGAAGACUGUAGCAAACAUAGGUAGCACUCUUACAAGUGUUUCUCAUGAUGUUGAAAACAUACAGACAGCUAUUGAAGAAUACAAGAAAUCCAUAGAAAUACUCCAGAAUGAUGUGAAGGAAUUAAAACAGAUGCCUUCACUUCCCUCCACUGCGGUGCCAAGGACUGAGAGAAAUCAGACAGAAAAUUACAAACAGGAAAGCCAGUCACUGCGUGCAGUUCUGGAAGGGCUAAAUAACACUGUAGUGAUGUACCAAAAGUUGAAUGACAUCAAGCUUCUAAAUGUGGAUUCAGCCAUUGGUAACCUUAGCCAGAGGGUUGUGCUGUUAGAAAACUCUGCCCUUGCUGUGAAUAAUCUGGACAAAAGAGAAAACGUAUCUACCAGUGUGGGGAAUGAUGCAACUACCUCUCUAAAAGUGGAAGAUGAAGAGCAACUAGAUAAUGAAACUCAUUCAAAUAAAGAACUGAAGGAAACAGGAACUAGAGGUUCUCAGGUAUCAAUGCUAAGAGAGAAGCUUCAGCAGAUUAAUUCUCUGGCAGGCAAGACAGAAAAUGACAGACCCAUUGAGACAUCAAAGAAUGUUGAAAGUAGCCUGAGUACUACAGCGAAGCCCACAGACCUUUCAAGGCUGGCUUCAAGGUCAGCUGAUGACAACACAGAAGGUAACAGAGAGCUGAGACAUCUGACCUUACCAGGAAUUUCCAGCACUGAAGAUCUUCAGAAUUUGUUUGAAAAAGCAACUGAAGAUUCUGAUGGAAAACUGUCACAUGAAGAUCUUCAAAAGCUACUUGGCUCUGCAGCCCAAGAGGCACAGAGCUUUAAGAAAUUUGACACAGAUGGAGAUGACAAAUACUCUUUACAAGAACUGAGAUUAGCUUUAGGUGUAUAAGAUAUAUAUUUAGAAAUCGGACAUUGAUGGAUGCUACUGUAGCUAAUGGAAACUACGGGACAUGAAAAACUACGUCUGCACUUUCCCAGUGUUUUACUGA